UGCAUUUCAGAAGGAGGGGCACUGAAGUAAAGAUUUGAGUGUGGAACGUGGAGCUGUAGAACAUUAAAACAAUGAGUUUCUCCUUUCUCUUGUCCAUUGUUUUCCUAUCAGCUACACACGCUUCAAUUAGUGGACCAGAAGAAAAAACUGCACAAAUGGGAGGAUCAGUCGAAAUCAAAUGCAGAUAUGACACAUAUUUUAGAGAUUAUCAGAAAUACUGGUGCAAAGGCUACUACAGGAAACACUGUACUGUUUUAGUACAAACUAAUGGCCCUGAAAGGAAAAGUCAUGACAACAGAAUAAAAAUUACAGCUGAUAAUGCAAAAGGACAACUUACAGUACAUAUGAACCAGAUAACAGCAAACGAUAAGGGAUGGUACUGGUGUGGAAUAAAUAGACCUCAUAUUAAGGAUCCAAUGUCUCCCGUACAACUUAAAGUUUAUGAAAGUCGAAAGGGUUAUACUAAGGACAAGGAAAGACUAAGGCAAAAUAGAUGGGAUAUUUUACGCUGGGCUCUCUUUGUCAUUCUGCUCCUUUGGGCCAUUUUAAUCAAAGUGAAGAUAUAGGUGAAGAAAAGCUGGUGAAUCAAAUCUGUAACGUUACAUGACUGCCUAAUGGUUCAUUGGCACCUUCAAUAUAUUGCAGUGCGACGAGUCAGCCAAACAGCAAGAUUUCCCUCAUCAAGCCCCGAUGCAGCAUAUAAAUGACGUGCAACUGUUGAGAUAUUAUGCAAUAGUCCUGCUAUAUUUUAUUUCAAAGCAGCUCAUUUUCUUUAAGGAUUUCAAUAGGCUAAUGCAGGGUAAAUACUAUCAAGUUUUAUAUUCUUACAUAAAGCCAAAUUUAUCUAUUGUAUAACGUUUUUCUUGCACUGUAACUGGGGGAGCCAGGGGCAAGUAUUGCAAUAUUAAGUCCCCACAGUGUAUGAA